AGAGGUUAGCCUCAAGGAAUAAAGUUAACAGACAGGGAAGAGCAGUGGUUAAAGUUAAAGCACAAUUGCUUGCCCACAUCGGCAAAGCAGCAGCAAAGAGCAGCCAACACGCUGACAACAGACCACAGCAUCCAACAGGUAAGUUGAAGUCUCAAGGGAAGUACUCUCUUCAGGAGAUGAGUAGUCACCGGUCACAGCCAGUG